CGAGGUUCUGCCUGUCCCGGAUUGUGGUAUACGCGCCGACACACUAGACCGGCAGGGAAACUAAGGGAAAAUCCUCGUCUAUCGUUCACAUAUCGUUGAAUAAUUAUGUACAAAACGGUGCGGAAAGGCGAUGCAAGCUUGCAGUACACGAUACUGCCACAGACGGAUCAGUUCUCGUCCGGCGGAUUCCCGCAGACAUCCGGUAAACCCCGGCCGAGGAUCAUCAAGUAUACGAUGGGCACUGUGAUGGUACUGAUCAUACUGUCUUGCGUGGCCACGCCAUUCCUGAUGAAUCAGAACGAUCACAACCUCUUCGCCAGCACGAUGCUGGCGAUGAGCCGAGUCGAGCCAGUAAGGAACACGUCAAGAAGCCAAACGAAGGACGUUGGUGUGAGUAAGAACAGAGGAAGGAUCCCUAUUACAACGGUGUCGACGACCGAGGUCACCAGGAGGAAGGACCUCGAGGAUACUACAACUUCCUUCAGCGGAAUUCUGCGGGAGGAAGAGGAGGAAGCGGUGGUCGACGACGCCACGUUAGCAGACAUACCAAAAAUCACCACGCAAGCGAUCACCAGCGUAGAAACGUCGAGCGUCCGUCAAACGACGAUUUCCGCUUCACCGCCGACAACAAGCAUUUCGGCGUCGUCGACGCAACCAAAGAUAUCCUCGAGCGAUACGACCACAGAAGACACAAAGACAGUGAGCACACCUAAGAAGCCAAAGAUGCCGAGGGUGACCCUGAAACUGCGAGAGAACGAAACCAUACCACAAAUGUACAUGAAAGCGGGCAUAGCCUCCUACAAGAAGGGCAACAUCACCACCAGCGUCCUCGCGCCACGCUUGAGUCUUGAGGGCUUGAUAUUUAAAACGCCCGAAGGCACGAUAAAACCCUGGCCCCAGAAGUGGUUCUUCAGCGAUCCCUCAGCCGACUUCCAGUGGAAGGGCUCGACUCAAAUGCCGGUAACAAUUUACAUCGUCCUCGCCGGACUGGCCGCCCUGGCGAGCAUCAGCAUCGUCUUGAUGUUUUAUGUGCAACGUAAAGCAUCAAGACGUCAACGGCCGAACAUCGAGGAGCCGGAAGUCGAAGAGCACGAGGAGGACAAGUCAACCCUAUUAGGUGCGGAGAGUCAAGAAACCGAGGAAAAAGAGGAAUAAUCUUGGCGACGAGCACAACAACGCACAAUAGCGCGCGUAAGACUUGCCUAUUUUUACAACACACAUCAGUUAGGUUUAGGGUCUUCCACGUCGAAGAAACGAAAGUCGAGAACGCGGACGAGGUGCGAGAAGGAUUUUUUUACGACUGCAGCCGGCUAACUAGAGAAAAUCAACGCACCGACUCUCGCCUGAGUUAAGAACCUGCACGAAAUUUGUUUCUCGCGAGGUUGCUCGCUGUGUUGUACACCGCAAAUUUAUCUUCGCGAAUUUUUAAACAAGGGGGGGUUUUUCCGUAAAAGCAAAAACAAUCCUUUUUAGCGUUGCGAUCUUAUUUAGAAGUCCGAUUUACAUGUUUGUUAAUGAAUUAGCGAUGGACCAGUUAAGUUUGUUGCAACUGUAAUAUAGCUCGAUCAACGGUGUGAUUAUAAUGAGAAUAAUGAGGGAAUCUUGCGAUAGUCGAGUCUAUCGUAAAAAGAGUUGCGCAAAAGUUCUGUUAUUUAUUAUAUAAGCUUGCGAUUAGAUACGGCUGGUUUUAAAAACCCGCCAUGACGGACGCACAAUUGUGCCCGAAGACAAACUACACAUAUGCAGAGGAAAAAUAUGUACCUCACUGGCAAGUUAAGGAGACCAAAAUUUGUAAAUCUUUUCAAAAAAGCAGUAACUAGAACGCUUUUACUAUUUCUAAAAAAAUUUUUUUUUAAAUUUAUUUGCAGAAGUCGAAAAAUCGGGAUUCAAUGAUAUUUAAAAGAAGUUGUCUACAAAAUUCUGGUUAGUGAAAUAACAAAUAAAAUUUGAGAUAAUUUUAUAUAAUAAUUAGAGAUCGCAUUCAUAUACUGCCGAAAGGUAGGUUUUAAAAUUAGAUAAUGAUCUGAGGAUCUAGAAAAAAAAACAAUUUUAUGCAAAAUAUACGCAGCAGUAUAGAAAACCGCAAAGCCUUGAAGCUUUUACGCGUCUUAGAUUAUCAGUAAACAACUUUAGGAGCUGAAAAAGGUCUCCUUAAUUCGGCUAUUUGUACUUGCUAAACUUUCUAUAAUGUACACAAUAUACGUAUGUAUAUGAUUAUAAGAUAUUAUAUAUACGUGUGUGUCAUCGACUUUUCUAGCGAAUCUCGAAAAAGCAACGUGCUUUCUGACUUUCUGACGCCAGUCGAAUUCUAUCUGCGUACAAAAGUAGCCGUACUGCCAGAGCUACAAUGGAGGGCCAGCUUUCCAACCCCGUUUAAUUAAAAGUGAUGUUUGACGAUGUGCUAUCAGGUGUAUCGUUUAAUCGAUAACCGUGCGCCGUUCACUUGACGAUAUCUGUGUCGUACGGAGAAACGUAAUACCAUAUUUUGCAAAAUAUUUCGGACAGAUUGACGAUAUCGCAUCGGAAAUACAUACGUGACUCAUAUUAAAUUAACUCAUUCCAUCUGCGCGGUAGCGAAGUUUAAUUAGCGAUAGCUCCAUCAAUGUGCCGUUUCACUAAUAUAUGAAAUUAUUUGCUAUGCGGGAACGUAGUCAUUUUAUAUAAUUGUCUACUAUCCACAAGAAAUUAAACAAAUCGUAUUUUCUCCCAAAUCGAGAUAUAUCAUAUUCAUUAGUAACAUCAUGAGAAGAGUAGAAGAGUCAUAAGAGAAUUAUGUACUUAAAAAUAUAAGCAAAAGUUUCAAACAUGAAAAUAUUCAUUUUACAAGUACUUAAUUUAAAUAUCUCAAAAUAUACAAAUGAUCUGAUGUUUUGUUUUG